UAUAAGGUUCAACUCACUCUAUAUUCUUAUUCGCGUUUUGCUUUUGCAGGCCAUGGAUCUUCACGUGCCAAACGCUCAGGCUGUUUCGGAUUAUUUCCGUCGCAUCCUGACGGAUAUCCUCGAAGAACUUGUGAAUAAGGUUCCCGAUAGAUACACAUCCAAUACUGAAAUUGUCAAGCAGUCGUUGAGAAAAAUCUCCAAUUGGUACAAAAACGGACUCCGCUUUGCCAAUUCAGAUUUGCGUUCUGACUGGAAUGACCCGGCCAACCGCUGUGCUUACGCGUUUCUUUACUUGAUGCACCAUUGCUAUCUCGUGUAUGGCUCGCUUCAGUACUCGGAUGAGGUCACAAGAAGUUGGCGCAACAGGAGCAGUUUGAAGGUUUGCAGCAUCGGAGGCGGGCCUGGGUCGGACAUGGUUGGCUUAACAACCUUCCUCCGUAACAAAGGAAUCUUCCCGCCUUCUCUGGAAUGCCUUGUCUUGGAUCUGUACCCCAACUGGAAAGACACUUGGGACACGAUAUACACCCACCUACCAGAGACCUUUACUGUAACUUACCACAGGUGUGAUCUGGUCAGAGACACAAGACUCCACACUAGAGAUCUACAGUUUAUCAAACAGGCUGAUAUCAUCACACUGUCUAAAUCUUUCUCAGCAGUGUCUGCUUUCUACCGAGCCAACCACGCCAAAGGCGCUUUCCUUCGGGAUGUUCUCCAGCAGACCAAACCAGGCUGCUUCGUUCUGUACAUCGACAAUGACUGCGGCGGUUGUACUCAGUUUCAGCGGGACUUCGCAUCCCGAGCCGGUAUGGAUUUAGUAUUUGAAUUCCGCGGCAAGCCCACUUUUCCAAAGGGGGCGUAUUCAUAUACCAUCCGAAAGUACCACAAUCUGUUCGAAUUCAGUCCGAUGCGCUCCUGCGACGUGAAUAUCCAGUUAUUCCGAAAGAAGGGAGCAGUUCAGUCUGGUCAUGCCGUCAGAAUUGAGAGUAAUCCAACCGGCCAAUUGAGGGCCAAGAGUUCCUCCAAGCGGGCUGCAGUUCCCCAAGGACCCCCCGUGGGUAUCUCAAGUUCCUCUCGGAGUACACCCCACCAUGAUGUGAUUUCCAGCUACAACAGCGUCCAUGGAAUCGCAGUAAGAAACACCGUAACGUCACGACCAACAUCCCCGCACUACUCGUCAGGAAUUCCGCGGGCUGCAAGCAAUGUCUACCCAGCAUAUUCCACCUAUAACCAACCAUACUCCUCUCACCGUACCGCGACCGUGGAAAGACCCUCAUUAGGAAGCUACAGAACACCAACAACCCCAGCUGACUCCAGCCACGUCAAUAUCUCUGUGAUCUCCCAUCAACCCAAACGAGUUGAUCAAGCACCCAAGCCAAGCAAUUCAGCACUUGUCCCUAAGCCAAGCAAGCAAACAUCCAACCGACAAGCAUCUCGUGUCGCAAACACUUACCCUAACAGUUAUCGGUCAAGAGACGAAAGACAACAUCAGGACGAUGAAGAUGAAACCACAUUGUCCAGAUAUUGCUGCCCACAGGCAUGCACAAUUUUGUAA